AUGAUGAGACUAUACGUUUAUGGGAUGUUCAGACAGGAUAAUAAAAAAAUAAAUUAGGCCAUUUUUCUGGAAUCAAAUAAGUCUGUUUCUCUCCUGAUGGGAAUACUUUAGCAUCAGGUAGUUGGGAUAAAUCAAUACGGUUAUGGGAUGUUAAGACAGGAUAAUAAAAAAAUAAAUUAAUUAGUCAUACUAGCUAGGUAAAUUCAGUAUGUUUCUCUCCUGAUGGAAUUACUUUAGCCUCUGGUAAUAAUGAUUAGACUAUACGUUUAUGGGAUGUUAAGACAGGAUAAUAAAAAAAUAAAUUAGAUGGUCAUACUAAGGAAGUAUUGUCAGUUUGUUUCUCUCCUGAUGGAAAUACUUUAGCAUAUGGUAGUGAAGAUAAAUCAAUACGGCUAUGGGAUUUUUAGACAGAAUAAUAAAAAAAUGUAUUAGAUGGUCAUGAUUUUGCAGUUUACUCAGUUUGUUUCUCUCCUGAUGGAAAUACUUUAGCAUCUGGUGAUCGUAUUGGAUCUAUACGUUUAUGGAAUGUUAAGACAGGGUAAUAAAAAAAUAAAUUAAAUGGUCCUAUUCGUGCUGUCCUCUCGGUCUGUUGAUGGGAAUACUUUGGCAUCUGGUAGUUAUUUAGACUCUAUACUUUUAUGGGAUGUUAAGACAGGAUGUUGUAAAAAUAAAUUAGAUGGUCAUGAUGUUGCAGUUUACUCAGUCUGUUUCUCUCCUGAUGGAAAUACUUUAGCUUCUGGUAGUUGUGAUAAGUCUAUACGUUUAUGGGAUGUUAUGAUGGAAUAAUAAAAAAUUAAAUAGGAUGGUCAUGCUAAUACUGUCACCUCAAUCUGUUUUUCUCCUGAUGGAAAUACUUUAGCUUCUGGUAGUUAUGAUAAGUCUAUACGUUUAUGGGAUGUUAAGACAGGAUAAUAAAUAAAAAAAUUAGAUGGUCAUAGUGAAUAUGUAAUCUCAGUUUGUUUUUCUUUUGAUGGAAAUAUUUUAGCAUCUGGUAGUGAAGAUAAUUCUAUACGUUUAUGGGAUGUUUACAAAUAAUUAAAGUAUAUUUUGCUUUAUAAAAGAUUAGGUAAAAGUUGCUUUUGGAAAUAAAACAAAAUUUUAUAAGUGUAAAAAGAAUUUUGAAAUUAUUUUGGGAACAUAUUUAUUUUAGUAAAAUUUCCUAAAAGUUGAAGACUAUAUUUGUUCUAUAAAAACUCAUACUAAUUAUUUCUUAAAGUUUCAAAUUACCCCUUUAAUCCAUUAAAUAUUAUUAUAGGAAUAUUCAUCGAGAAUAUUGA